AGCGAGUGGCAACGCUUCGCUUUUCAUCGCCCCCAAUCUGGCACCACUGCUCCAUUAGUUUUUUGUUUAUGUUGGACGUUGUCGGAAAAAUCGGCUGUUUUCCCGUGCGUCCGCUCUGCCAUGAAAAGCUGCUAAAAAGCUAAAUAUAAAAAUCAGCGCAGCGCGCGGCCAGACUCUCGUUCGGGACACGGGAAAUAUGUGAAUGCGGAGAGACGGAAUGGAAAACGCAUCUUGUGUGUGUACAUAAGUGUGUAUGCGUUUGCGGUUGUGCUUGUGUUGGUGCACGGUGCAAUGGAAAAGUGAUUAUUAUAAAUGAAAAGCAGAGAAAUGUCAGACGACGACAACCAACUCCCACUUGUACGUGUGCGGGGUGCGCAGUGAAGCAGGGGUGUUUGUGUUUGCAGUGGUGUGCGUGCAGAUAAAAGACUCUACGCUUCGAGUUUCUGUUCCGGAAGGAUAUUUGGUGUCAACCGGAGGGAAUAAUAUGCAGGCACGUCCAUUAAUUACGCGAAAGGUCAAAAGUUAGGACCCAAGGAGCCCCACAAUAAUAAUGUUGUAAGGAGGCGGCGAGGGAGAGAGCAAGCUACAGAGAAAUAAAGAGAGAGAGAGAGAGAGAGCGAGCUAUUGUGCAGGUGUGAGUGCGUGGUAGAACAAAGAGGACGAAAAACACGGCUGGGCUGGAAUUCGCCGCACGGCGAAUUGUUGUUUUGUACCAACAAAAAAUCGAAAGGAAAACAAGGAUUCUACGGAUUUUUAUUGAAACUGAAUAUACUUAAGACUGCCCAGUUAUACAACCCAAGAGCCAUGUCUGCGGCGGAACUUGAGGCGGAAGCUGCCGCCCAAGAGCAGCAACAGCAACAGCAACCGCCGCCCAGCGAGGAAACCAACAACACUACUGCCAUCGAUGAAAAUGCUUCCACGACAUCCAACAACGGCUUCAACAAUAACAUCGACAUAGAGACACAGCUGCAGAUGAGCAGCUUGGAUCACAACCAAAUGCAACUGGAGGGUAAUAGCAACAACGGUGGAAUCCAGGGACUGGGAAUAGGACUCAUGAACUCCUCACCGCCGCCGCACAGCUACCGGCACUCGCGGGCCUAUCGCCACUUCAAGAAUCCGCCGCAGCCGCACAUGUGCAUUCGCACCACAACGGAAGCCGGAGAGGAGCUGUUCAUCAACGUCCUUAGCUGGACACGCAUUGUGAUACCGCAGGAGCCCAGUGAUCCCAUUCCUCUUUACGGUGGCAUGCGCGUGCCACCUGGCAGCCCACGCAGUCCUCCCAUUGUCUUUGCCGUCAUGGCCAAUCCGGAGGUGCUCAAGGACUCUGGACGCCACAGCAAAGACCCCGAGGAGCGACGUGCCAUGGUGGAGCUGAUGUGUGACUUUGUGGAGGCUAUGAAUCCAGGCGUGAAAUUAGUCAGAAACGCCGUAAUACUUAAGGAUCGCGACAUCUCCGGCGAGCUGAAGGACGUGUGGAAUGCAGUGCAGGCGCAGCGAGAUCGCGAACGGGAGGAGCAAAUGAUGCAGCAGCGCCAGCAGCAGCAUUACCAGAACAUCACCACGCAACAAAUGUUUCCCAAAUCGCCAGAUGCAGCGCGGGCGGCCAGUGCCGGUGCCAGUGCGAUGAACAACGAGGCUGGCUCGCCACCGGCUCACCCAGAGUCGCUGCUGGCAGAGCACGGCAAUGGCAAUGGCAACGGUAAUGGCAUCACCCUGGCUGUGUUUGCCCAGCAGCUGGACAACAAGGUGGCCAGUGAGCAGGCAGAGCAGCAGCAACAGGAGCAGCAGCAAUCAGCACUAUUGGAGGAGGCUUGUGUGGAUCAAACGGAUGCGGGCAGCUCGGUAAAUGGAGCAGCCACUGGGCUGGACAAUCACCCAAAUGUGGAUACCGAAUCAGAGAUAAAGGCAGUUGCUCCAGUAACCACAAAUGGAGCCAGUACGCCCUCGCCAAAUGUCACACCCCAUACAGCACCAGCUCCAGUUCCAGCACCUGCACCUGCUCCGGCUCCAGCUGCCACACCAACACCACCUGCUGCUGCUGCUGCUCCCGCUAAGAAGGAAAAGCUGGGCGGCUUCUUGCCCAAUGGCUGCAUCUUCCCGCGCUUCAAGAACAACAAGCACAAGGACAAGGACAGCAGUCACAAGGAAGGCAAGAGCAAAGAGAAGACCCUGCUGAAUGCCCUCAAGAAGAGCAGCAAGGAGAAGAAGGUGGCGCCCAGCGAACAGCCGCCAGUGGAGAAGACUGCCGCUGCCUCGGACAAUGGCACCACCACGCAGUACGAGAAGAAUUGCAUCAAUAAUCUGGAGUGCGAGGUGCAGAAGCUGGACCUGAACAGCGGCAGCAAUAGCGAUAACAACAGUAUGUUUAUCAAGCUGAAAGUGUCGCCGGCGGCCAAUGCCACAGCAGCGGCAGCGGCGGCCAAGUAGAGACCCAGAAUCCUGAACACAAAUCUCGUAGGUAAGUGGGAGAGCUAGGAAAUCGACAGUGCAAGGAUCUGCCGAGCGUCCCUUAGGGCUUAGAGUCGUGAAUAGAGAGAGCGAGAGGGAGUCGUGUAGCAUAUACAAGAUUUAUAUAUACAGUAUACAGAACACAAGCCACUCACACACACAAAAACAUCUUUUGGAUAGCCAUUGAGAGACCACAGAACAUAAAUCAGAGACAGUUGUGCCAUGCUCACCAGCUCAUAUAGACAGCGCUUCUCCCAAGGAUCUUCCCCCGGCAUUUACGCAACUGACAAAAUGAUUAACGUAUUUACAUAGUUCAAUAUACAUAUGUAUGAGAUUCGCAUACACAGAGUUUGCCUUAUAUACAACAAGACCCAACAAGGGGAGAGCGAUCCAAGAACCUAGCAGCCAGAAGUCAAGUAUAUUUAACAAAUAAUCAAGUUGUAAUCAAGAGAAACUCAUGCGCCAAAAACAUCCCAGCACACAACUCACUACUCAUCACAUUUUGGGCUAACAGAUAGCUAGCUCCAUUCCCUGAUUUCACAUCCAUGAUCACUAAAAGCCAUGCAAAAGUAUUACGAAUGAUCCUCGCAGAUCCCUCCACCACCACCUCCUCCUCAGCACCCUCGAUCGAUUGAUCUCCACGCUUUGAAGUUGAGGGCUGUAGAAUGGGCGCGGUUUUAGAGACGGCUCUAUAUAUAUGUAGCAACAACUAACUUAUGUACCUAAAAGUAUACCAGGAUACCGACACGAGAACUCGUAUACACAGAUCCGCCAUGUCGCUAUUAUUAUGUUUUAUUUGUGUUUAAAGUUUAACUUUUAACUUCCCUUCCAUUGAGUGUGUUUUCCCAUUUUUUAUUUAUUUUUCGUGCGUGCUUACUGUGUUGUAAUUGAAACUAUUGAUGGAAUGUCCUUUACCUGAGCCCCCCUUAAUGUGUUUUUAUUGUUUUGUGCUAACACCCGAGAACCCUCAACUUCAAACGAAACCAUUCACGAAUCGUAAACAUAUAUAGUGUGGCUAUAUCACUGAUAUAGAGUGUAGAGAGAGUCAAUCACAAAAAUUCGAAUAAUACAAAAAUUCGGGAACCCAACUAAAAAGAGGAAAAGAAAAACAAAGAAAAAAAAAACUAAAAAACAGUUUCAACUGCAAUAUCGGACUGAACAAUGCUGCCAUAUAAAAAUAUAUAUAAUUAACAUCUAUAUGCAAAUAUAUUGCAAUUUCCAUAAAUGAACGAAAUUUCAAUUGUGAUUCAAUUCGAAAAAUCUAAUUUUGUUUCCACAUCGAAAACACUAUUUUGAAGAAAACAAACCCAAUACACAUACAACACGUAUACAGAAUACCGAAUAAAAUAUAAUUUUGUUUGCUAGGCAAAACAAAACUAAACAAAAAAAAAAACACCAAGUAAGCUCCAAGAAAACGCAACACCAAAAACUUUUUCUUUUGGUUUUUGUGUUUGUUUUUUUCUCUUUUGUUCUUAGUUCUUUCGUUUAGGUGCCAUACAAGUAAAGAUGUAUGAGAAUUAAUCAAAAUUGAUUGCCUAAACCUAGAGUUUCCUUAAUUGUGAGUUGGAACGAGUCCCCGAAUCGGAGGAUCCACGGAUCGUGGGCGACGGAUGAGAAGAACCCUAAAGUAUAUGCUAGUUUUUAACUGGUUGUAAAUGAGAGAAAUGCUCGUGUAAAAUUAGUAUUAAAUUAUAGCACCACCAACCCAACAAGAACAACAACCACAUCAAGAAACAUCAACAGAAUCACACUAUAUAAUUACAAAUUAAAAACUAGUUUAAGAUUCAAGUCUUCUAAGCGAAGAGCAAAAAAGCAAUAAUUUUACGUGAAAAGAGAAAGGCGGUGCAAGAAAAUGAUGAUGAAAAUGCGUGCCGAACAGCAAAGUGAGGGCUGUUCUUUAAAAUCUCUGGAAUUUCUUUAAAAAUAUUCAAGUGUUGGUAACAAUAUUCAAAAUACAUUUCCCAAAAAAAUAAUUGAUAACCUGAUUCCAUUGGCCUAGAACACAUUUAGCCUGUCCAUCCAAGUCUUUUUUGUAAUUGUACGUUGGAUCAACCGAAUGUUAAUUAUACCCUUGCAGGGUAUUAUAAUUUCAGUCAGAAGUUUGCAACGCAGUGAAGGAGACGUUUCCGACCCUAU